CACACUCUUAAGUGCUCGGAUUACGUCUGUGCUGCUCAGGCUACUUUUGGGAAUAUUACAAAUUUUUGGCAUUUUAUCACAUAUUUUUCCAUCUUAAAAUGGUCGAGCCAGUCUCAACCGACACCUGAUUUGUGGUCAUUUUAAGGAGAUAAUUUUGUUUAUUGAUUAUUGAGGAGACAAUCAAAAAAGAUGGAGGACAUCCCAAAUACCAGCUCACUUGUAGGACAAGGCAUCUCAACUGUGGGCAACGCAUGCGGAAUAGACUUCAAGCAAGACAGCGUCUUCCUUCCCGUCUUGUACGGCAUCUUCUUCAUCAUAGGCACACCCCUGAACCUGGUGGCUCUUUUCGGACUGUACCGGCUGGUCAAAACGGAGAACGUUCUACCAGUUUAUGUCAUUAACCUGCUACUUGCUGAUCUCAUCCAGCUUCUGACCCUCCCCCUCUGGAUGGACUAUUACGCCAAUGAACACUAUUGGCGCUUUGGACCGCGUUCAUGUCAGUUCAUGGGCUUGUUCUUCUACAUCAGCGUCUACGCUGGGAUCUUCUUCAUGUGCAUCAUUGCGCUGGAGCGUCACAUGGCCAUAGUCAGGCCUCUCAAGUUCCAGAAGUUCCGGCAGCUGAGGUGCGCCUGGUUUAUAGCCCUUGGCGUUUGGGUUCUAAUCGCCGUGCCGCCCUCGGUGGCCUUCGACAAACUCUUCCCCAAGCAGAAUUACACCCUGUGUAUUGAGAAGUAUCCUUCAGAGGGCAGUUUCAUCACCUACAGGCUGAUUACUUUACUCCUGUCCUUCGUCGUACCCCUCAGUUUCAUCGCCCUGCUCCACCAAAAGACCCUCCGGUCGCUGAUGACAAUCAACUCCCUUUUGUCCGAGGAGAAGAGGCGUAUCAGAGGGAUGCUGACCCUCCUGGUGGCCAUAUUUGUCACGGUGCUGGGACCCUAUCAUUUCAUCGGAUGUGUGAAGUACCUCGGGCUGCUGAUCCACCGCCAAGUGUGCGAGUGGGAGAAGGCCAUGUUUGUCCCUUAUCAGCUGGGGAGAGGCUUGCUAAGCCUCAACAGCCUGCUUGAUCCCGUGCUCUAUAUCUUCCUGCGGAGCGAUUUCCGGGUGCUGGCAGGACGCUACUUACCCUGUUUGAGGACGGCGAGGAGCCUCGGUAAGAAGUCAUCAAGUGGGAUGUCAGAGAGACCAACAAACUCCACCCAGACCUGAGGACAGGGCUGUGAACACUUCAUAUAAGCCUGUGAAUUAGCAUUUUUAGAAACAGGCACAAUUCUGUUUUUCUUUUAUACUUAUCCAAGUAAGUAUACUUACACUUAAUACUUAUACAUUCUAUCAAACUGGUUCAACAUCAGAGCUGAAAACACAUUUUGGAUUUUUAACUGACUUGGACUUUUGACUAAAAUCC